AAUAAGACCAACCGAACGCCUCUUCGUUCGACUCUCAAAAACUGAAUUUAGUGCCGCCCGUUCACCGAACCACAGUUUUCGAUCCAACCUGAUCUUAUGCUGUGCACCAGUGUUUAAUUUAUUACUCUCGUCAAUGCGAAUUCAAUUAGAACGCUCUCCACGCGCUUGUGACAAAUCGCUAUGCCAAACGUCUCUGAUCUGAAAGUCCGACCGGCUUCGCCCACUCAAAACACUACGGAAAUCCCGAGAACCACAACAAAACCGACCUCUCCUCUUUCGCCAUCCAUCAGCUCACACAAGUCACCCCACGGCACAGAUCCUCACCACAUUGAUCCUGCACGUCAGCCACAACUUGGUAUUUCAUUUCAUGCCUUGAACAUGUUUCUUGUGAAAGCCAUCGAACGGAUUGCCGCCGAACGAGAAACGAAAAAGUCACAAAACACUGCACUCCGUAAGGCAUGCGAGGAGGCAUUGCAACUGCUGCGACAGCAGCAUGAGGACCACGUCAAGUCAAACAGCGAGGCGAACCAAACCCCUCCUACUGACCACAUCAGCGAUCAUCUCCCACCACUGCGUUCUGAGACCGGCAUGCUUUUGUCAGAUGAGAAGCUUUUGCGCCCGUUCCAGUUGGCCUGUUCUUUAAAGUCUGCCAAAAUAGUAACCACAGCCAUAGAUUCUUUACAAAAACUGAUUGCCUAUGGUCACGUGCCCAACGAAGCGAUGGGAUCGACGGGGAAAGUGCGGAUUAUUGAACAAAUCGUCACCACCAUUUGCUCAUGCUUUCAGGGCGUACAUACAGAUGAUGGAAUCCAGCUACAAGUGCUCAAAGCUCUUCUGACCGUGAUCACCAGUUCUGUGGUGGAAAUUCACGAGGCGGACGUGCUUCUGGUUGUCCGUACCUGUUACAACAUUUUCAUGGCGACCAAAAAUCCAGUUAACCAAGCCACUGCCCGAGCUACCUUGACGCAGAUUAUCAGCAUCAUAUUCUCGCGGAUGGAGCAGAACGCAUUCGAUGCUGUCGUGGCUUUGUCCGGUACGGAUGGUCCAGUUGUCAAUGAUCACGAUGAUCAACUGCCGACCGAUUCCGAUCAGGGGACUACCAGCAUGGAAGAAACUGUCAAAGAAAUAUCACCCGUCGUGGAUCAAAACUCCGAAGUUAAACCGAGAACGGAUCAAGAUGUGGACAGCACACUAAGCGUCGAAAGCGAAACUGAUCUCUCUCUGGAAGACGGUGAAAGCGCAGAUGCCAUAGUGCGCAGCAUCUUGGACGAAAUCAUCGAGCAACCCAUACUUGGCUCUAAUGAUGGGGAAAUGACCCAACUGGCGAAUGCUGAGCAGCCAACUCCCCCCGCCACUCCUACUGGUGAUGAAGCUGCCAGGUCCAAACCAGCAAGUCCUUUACCCAAUGGUGUCCUGGCUGAUGAAGAUGCUGUCAAGGCCGAGUCGAUUAACGGAGCUCACCCCGAAGCUGUUGCAUUGGCCCAUGUAACACAGAAAGACGCUUUCCUCGUCUUUCGUAGCCUCUGUCGCCUGGCUACCAAGGACUUUGGGGGGACUAGGUCGUCGGAUGCCAGAUCUAAUGCGAUCCGAUCCAAAACACUUUCCUUACAACUCCUACUGAGUGUAUUCCAGCAACCGGGACCCUUGUUUCUCAGCAGCGAAAUAUUUAUCACUGCAAUCAAACAAUAUUUGUGUGUGGCACUUAUAAAGAAUGGUGUCUCUCCCGUGCCGGAAGUAUGCGAGCUUUCAGUGACCAUUUUUCUGGCGUUGUUGACUCAUUUUAAACCACAUUUGAAGCGUCAAAUCGAGGUGUUUUUAAAAGACGUGUUCCUUGAGAUUUUGGAAUCUCCCAAGUCUAGUUUCGAGCACAAAUGGCUGGUUAUCGAAGCUUUGCGGCGUAUCUGUGCCGAUGCUCAGUGUGUGGUCGACAUCUACCUGAACUACGAUUGUGAUAUGAGUAUGGCCAAUAUUUUUGAACGACUAACCACAAGUCUGGCAAAAAUAGCCCAAGGUCGAUAUGCCGGGGAACAUGGGAGUUCGGUGGCUCAACGCCAGGCUAUUCGUACCAGCGGUCUAGAGUGCUUGGUCCUAAUUCUUCGGUGUAUGGUUGACUGGUCGCAGGACUUGUACACUAGUCCGGAAUCUCAAUCAUUUCUGGGCGCAGAGCCGUCCGUUACCAUGACCGACGCUUCAGAAGUAUCGAUGCCCAACGGAAUGCCGAACGGUCGGACCACAGGCACAGUCGGACACCAGAAGGCAAUUGAUGACCCGGAAGACUUUGAAUCCCGAAAAGCUCAGAAAGAGAUUUAUGAGACUGGAAUUCAGUUGUUCAAUCAGGGACGAAUGAUUCGAGGGCUAAAGCUGCUGCAACAACACGGUCUGAUCAGCGAUACCGUGGAAUCGGUGGCAGAGUUCUUGAAGACAGAAGAACGUCUUGUCAAGGCUCGGAUUGGUGAUUUCCUCGGCGAAAAUGACCCCUACAAUCUUCAUGUGAUGGAAUUCCUGGCGGGAUUUCGGCUCCCGGGCGAGGCACAGAAAAUCGACCGUUUGAUGGAAAAGUUUGCUGCACGUUAUUGUGCCUGCAAUCCGAACAAUGGACUAUUUGCCUCUGCCGACACCGCCUAUGUUCUGGCCUUCUCCAUCAUUAUGCUCACAACGGAUCUGCACAGUGUGCAAAUCAAACAGCAUCACCGCAUGACCAAGCGAGUGAUGUGUAUGCUCGUCAUCACCAUCAUCAUCGACAGCAUGACAUCAGUGUUCAACACUGAUGCUUCGCUGUCAGCGUAUGCUCAAGUUGGUCGACCAAGUCCGGAAGAAAUACAGGAUGACUAUAUUCGAAUGAACCGUUGUAUCAACGAUAGCCAGGACCUUCCAGAGGCGUAUUUGGGUCAAAUAUACGAUGAAAUCGCAAAUUGUAGCAUACAACUUCGCUCGGACGAUGCACUCUCUCGUCUAACGGGUGCCAAACUUUUGACUAUGGGAAGCCAAACGAACGAGUACCGUUCACCAAGCAACGCUAAGACCGAUCAGCCUCGAAGUCAAGAGGACCUGUUGAAUUCGAUUGACAAUACGUAUUCGGAUUUCACGAGCGCCACUCAAUGUGAACACGUUCGGCCCAUGUUCAAACUGGCAUGGACCCCAUUUUUGGCGGCUUUCAGUGUCGGACUACAGGACUGCGAUGCACUCGACGUGGCCCAUCUGUGUCUUGAAGGCAUCCGCUAUUCAAUCCGUAUAGCCUGUAUCUUUCACAUGGAAACGGAGCGUGAUGCCUAUGUCCAAGCCUUGGCCCGAUUCACCCUACUCCUCACCUCGUCGGCGGCCCAUGCUACCAAUUCAGGCGCUGGAAGUUCCACCACAGCCGGAGCCCAUAGCUCCAGUCGUCGCCCGAAGUCGGAAAUGUUCCCAUCCUCGUCCACCGCCAGUUUAUCGUCCUCAGGAUCCGCGACUGGCCCCGGUUUCAAUACCGUACCGGUCUCCACACCCGAAGCAAUGAAACAGAAGAAUAUCGACACCAUCCGCACGCUAAUCACAAUCGCGCAGACAGACGGAAAUUAUCUGGGGCAUGCCUGGUUGGAAAUUCUGCGUUGUAUAUCCCAACUGGAAUCGGCUCAUCUCAUCACCCAAGCUGGUGCACACAGCAACAGUGGACUGAUUAAUGGGGCCUCUGGAUCAACGGGACUUCUUCAUAGGGCCGCAUCUCUCGCUGCUCCACCCUCCCAUACCAGUCCGCUCAGUUCUCACGUGACGUCCAAGGGUCGUGGUCCUCCACAAUCCUCCUCAUCUUCCUCCAUACUUUCCCUCUCCUCGUUACCUGGCGUUGGAUUCCACGAGCCCGUUACUGCCGGCACAUUGGCUGCGGCCUCUGUCGAUCCGCGGAAAGCUGCGAUUUUGCAGGAGGUCAUGGGCGAGACCGGCUCCGACAGUGUCAUCGUUGCAGUGGACAAAAUUUUCAGUGGCUCUAUUCGCCUCAAUGGGGACGCUAUUGUGGAUUUUGUGAAAGCAUUAUGUCAGGUAAGCCGUGAGGAACUCAUGCUGCCACAUCCACGAACCUUCUCCUUACAAAAAGUCGUCGAGAUAUCCUACUACAACAUGGGACGAAUCCGACUCCAAUGGUCACGUGUGUGGGAACACAUUGGUGGUCAUUUCACCGCAGCCGGCCAGUCCGCCAACGAGGAUGUGGCCGAAUUCGUGGUGGAUUCUCUACGCCAAUUGGCAGUCAAACUAAUCGAGAAAGGCGAACUGCCCAAUUUUCACUUCCAAAAGGAGUUUCUACGACCGUUUGUGAGCAUUUUGGAUAGCGAGCAGACAUUGACCAGAAAAAUUCAAGAUAUGGUCAUUCGCUGUGUCUCUCAGCUUGUCCAUUCGCAGUACAUGAAUAUCCGUUCCGGUUGGACUAACAUCUUUGCGGUGCUCCAUCGAGUCGCUGCGUCUUCUGACGAGGCACUGGUCGAUAUGGCGUUUGAGACCUGCUCGUUCACGGUAACAGAAGUUCUGGCCAAUCACAUUUCUGUGGUGUUGGAUGCAUUUCAACCAUUGGUCAAGCUUCUGAACGACUUUGCGUGUAAUCCCCACUUUCCGGAUAUGGCCAUGGAAAGCAUCCGACUAACGCGUCUCUGUGCCCACCUGGUCUCCCAACACCGAACCGCGUUUGCCAAUCUACAGUCGUCUCCCUCUAGUACUGUUGCUAUCGAACCCCAGCUCACCUCCAAAGACCUCGUUACCAUCUCUAGUCCUGUUGUACGGCGUUCUACGGGCUCCGAACCGAUGACCACCUCCGCGGCUGACGAAGACAACGUGUGGCUGAAAGGCUGGAUGCCGGUACUGUGUGAAUUGUUCCGAGUCAUUAACAGUUGCAAGCUAGACGUCCGUACUCGGGGUCUCACAAUAUUCUUCGACAUACUCAAGACCUACGGAGAUCAGUUCAAACCACUGUGGUGGCGCGAAACAUUCACAAUAAUUUUCCGCGUGUUCCAGCACUUUCGGGCCCCAUCUUUGUCCAGUCAUUACCAGUCCUCCUCGUCCGCCGCGGCCGCCACCAACUCUUCAUCAUAUAAUAACAGUCUGUCAUCGAUGGAGCAGACCGAGUGGAUGAACACAACCUGCAAUCAUACCCUGUUCUCCAUCGUGGAUGUUUUUACGCAGUAUUAUGAUACACUGUCCAACAUACUACUGGAGGAAGUCUACGGUCAGCUACGUUGGUGUUGUCUGCAGGAACACGAGCAGCUGGCUCGCUCGGGGACAAGCUGCUUGGAGACAUUGGUCCUGUCUACGGGCAAACGGUUCACUCACGAAAUAUGGGAUCGUACUGUUAACCUGAUUGUUGGACUGUUUGAAGCCAGUGUUCCCCAUCAACUGCUCACCUGGAAGCCGGACUCGCGUGCUCAGUCACAGUCACCUGAGGCAGCAGAUGUGAACGGUUCUUCCGGUGUUCCGCGUUACCUCGCCCAGGCUCGCUUAUUUGCCGACCUUCUGAUCAAAUGUGUGGUCCAGUAUGAGCUCAUCCAGGCUGUGGAUCACAUUCUGUUCUACUCUUCACAUAGUCGAAACGAGGACGCUUACUAUUUGAACGAAUCUCGCGCACUCGCUGCUUCGUCGUAUCCUGCUUACGCUGCUGCCUUGGCAUCAUCAUCAAUUGGUGACAAACAUUCCGAUGGUCGUCCGGUUGCGUCAUCCAGAAGUCCGUCGACAGAUCAUAUAUGGACUCCUGACGAAACGCUGGACGCUGACGAAACGAUUCCUGCCAGUCCGGAAUCCCUAUGGCUCGGUCCAAGUGGAGCACGUGUGAUGGUCGGUGCCCGACCGUUGCCCCCAGAUCCUCGUGGCAUGUAUUCCAGUCUGUCGCCGCAGCAUCGACUCGCGUUGGCUCGAUGUCUGUUGGAAUCACAUGCGUUUGCGAAGAAGUUCAAUUCGAACGACGAGCAACGUAAUAUCUUGUUUGAAGCGGGCUUCAAAGUAAAAGCCAAGCCAAAUUUGCUCAAACAAGAGACGCAUAGUCUUUUGUGUGCAUUGCGUAUCCUGUUUCCUUUGGCUGAACAAGACACGGAUGUCCGAGAAGAGACCGAGGAGCUUCUGGAUCGUGUCAUUUUGGAUGCCUUAUCUUACUACCAUGACCUAAUUGUUGACGGUCACCGUCAGGCCUGGGAUCCUUGUCUAAUCCUAAUUAUCACCCAACUAACUCGCCUCACUCCUGCGACCCGUUUCCAUCGUCACGCGACUCGAGUGUUUGCCGGAGUCUGCGACUUGGUCCCAAUGGCCGGUGGAGUAUCUCCGGAAGUUGCCGCCCUAGUUCGUCUCUUCCUGCUCCGUUGCGGUGCCUUUUUCCUACCCCCAUUCACUCACUGUGAUUCCGCCUGAGUAGAUCAUACCCCAUCCUUACUCCAUUCAACAUACUUCUAUCUUUAUUUUCCCGUACUUAGGUGCCAAUCAAAGUUUUUCUCGAAUUUGUUACCUCAUAGUUAAUUUUUGGUCAAGUCGUGUCGCUCGCAACCGUCAACAAGCCCGUUCCACAGGCAUGUUGUCCUAGCAAGCGCGGAUUCGAUAUCUGGCCUCGCAUCCAGUUCAAUGGCUGUGUUUCCCCCCAUCCGACACAAAGACCCCCCUCUGUAUGUACACACACACACACACACACACACACACAUCUCGAUCUGAUUCGCUAUGUUUCACUGAUGAUUUCAUGUCACUCCUCCGUACUUGUGUUUUAACCGAAUACAUAUCAGGUCAACGUCCCGACGACUUGGCCCUCGCGUUCACUCACUCGCCUACACCUCCUCAUUCAUCAUUGGGUCUUCGGCUGUGCGUUGCUUGCAACCUAGGUUCCGCAUUUCCAGGCCUUGAAGUUUCCGGUCGGUUGAUCCAUCUGUACCUGUUGUAUUUGACACGGUUUAGAUCCCCCCUCACACACACACACCCCAUCCGCUCCAUAAUCCCACUGGUCGAUCGUUACAACUCUUCCGUUCAAGGAUAUGGUGUUUGUACUAUAUACGUUCCGAUUUUUUGUCCCCUCCCCGCCCCGCGUUCAACCGGUUAUUUGGUUUCCCCUUUUUCUUUGUUGUGGUUUCCGUCCUCGUACUAUUCCGCUUUUCUGCCGUAUAACAAAG